AUGCGGAUUCUGAUUCUGGGAUUGGAUGGUGCCGGCAAAACCACUAUUCUUUAUCGUCUACAUGUUGGCGAGAUUGUGACGACGGUACCGACAAUUGGAUUUAAUGUAGAACAGGUCACAUACAAGAAUCUAAAGUUCCAGGUCUGGGAUCUGGGUGGGCAAACGUCGAUUCGACCUUAUUGGAGGUGUUAUUAUCUAAAUACAGAUGCUGUGAUCUAUGUGGUGGAUUCAGCGGACAAAGACAGAAUAGGAAUAUCAAAACAGGUAUGUUUUAUCUUUUCAUUAAUUAAAUUUGUUGUUUAGGAGCUAGUGUCGAUGUUGGAAGAAGAAGAAUUGAAAGAUGCCAUUCUAAUGGUGAUUGCCAACAAACAAGACAUCCAAGGCUGUCUAAGUGUAGCUGAAAUUCAUAAAGCGCUUGGACUAGAUGCUCUACGAAACAGAUCGUUCCAGAUAUUCAAAGCUUCAGCGACGAAAGGAGAAGGUCUCGACGAAGCGAUGGAAUGGCUGGCAAAUGCUCUUCAACAAAAAACUUGA